GGUGUGAUGGCAAUCACAGCUCUUAUUUUGCUCCAUUUGCCCUCCCAAUUCCAAGUGUAACAGUUUGCUGUUUCGUCAACUGAAACUGGAAGGAUACUGUAUAAAAGGCUCCCACCAUGAGUCUGUCACUUUAAGAGCCUUUGGCUUAUUUGCAUUUACGUCCCGUUCCUUUCCCAUCGUUCCUUUUCCCUAUGUGUGGAGUUAGUGUUCGGUCGUGGUUGCGUCGGGUCCUGGUUCAGCAGCACUCAAGCGUUCGAGUGACUGAGCGGAAAUUAAUAUUGAUGCUGUACUGAGUGCUGCAAAUAAAUACCUCUGAAUCAGGACCAUCCUCCUCCUCUCUUCGACCUCCUCCGGUCUUCUAAUCGAUACCCCAUCUUGAACUGCUGUAGCACCUAAUUGAACCCGUGCAACCACUCCUGUUUAUUUGGUCCUUCGAGCCGGAUACAGCGUCCAAGAUGGACUCAGAUGGAGAGAUCCACCCUGUCGUCAGACCUCGGCAACGAACACGUCCUCCUGUCAGACUUCUAGACUUUGAAGUGGAGUAUGCAGGCACUUCAUGCAGGUCAAGCUGUUAGCCGAGCUCCAUCACGCAUAUGUCGGGAGCCAAGACCUGUCGUCGGUAGUUGUCAAACCUAUAGUGCUAUGGAUGAAGACGAGGAAGAGAACUGGCCUGAUCCUCCACCCUGGCCCUCAGCUGAGACAGACCUCUAUGACAGUAUUCACAACCUUCAGAUUGAUCAUCGACAACAUGCUGGUUCAAUCUACUACGCUGACAACGCCGCUGCCUACCCUCCUCCCCCUCCAUCGCUGCUGAAACCAGGCCAACCAGAUCACUCCCAGGCUUCGGGACCCUUUCCCCGAAGACAACCAAGUUUCUCACAGCAACGGCUUAUUCCCUCCUACCCAGGCCGCACACACCCCACGUCUACAUCAGCCUAUCAGCCUCCAGUAGUCUAUGCAACGUCACCCAACCCGGGUCGUCAUGUGCCAUCCCAAAGUUCCUGCACCCUGACCCAAGUGAGUUUGCGAGGCUUCGCAUAGCUUUGGAAAACCUCCUGCCAGUCGAUGCUACUGAACUCUUUAAGUACCAAGUACUGGUUGAUCAUUUAAAGUUUGAUGAAGCCAAGCUCAUAGCGGAUGCUUAUUUAAACUCGCCAACCCCCUACACUCACACAAUGAUGGCCCUACAUGACAAGUUUGGCCAACCUCAUCACCUGGCUCUACGAAAAAUAGCUCGCGUAUUAGAGGCCCCUGAAGUUAGGCGUGGAGAUGUCGCAGCAUUCCAAAGGUUUUCACUUCAAAUCCAGUCAUUGGUAGGCCUGUUGCAGACCCUGGGACCUGAAAGUGAAAUUGAACUGAACUGUGGCUCACAUGUGGCUCGAUUGCUGAGCAAACUACCUCCAGAACAGCGGGCUGACUUUCGUAGACACCAGGGCAAGCAACCAAGAGCUGGACAUACAUUGUAUGAGCUAGCCGAGUGGCUCCGUUAUGAGUCAUGGUGUCAAGGAUUCGAUAAUCAGCUCGGGGGGAGAGGAAGCCGAGAUCGAAGCUAUGCUAAGAGUGAGAGCUUCCCAUUCCAGCUUUGAAGGGAGCCCAGCCCUCCCUUCUCAUUGGCUCAGAUCAGCCUCAUCUUAUCACCCCAGUGGAGCCUGUCCGGCUUGGACUGCCUGGGGGUCCAGCAGCUAUCCACACAAGACUCGGGUGGACCCUCCAGGGUCCUGUGAGAAGCACAGGGCGGCUCACCGAUGAAACCCAGUGUCUCUUCAUAUCUUCACCUGUCGAUGAAUUGUUCAAGCACAUCAAAAGGCUUUGGGAGAUAGAUACAAUCCCCUACCGAAACGAGAAAGAGGCUACUCGUUCAAAGCAAGAUAAGCUGGCUGUUGCGGUGCUUGAGACCAAGACUGUCCGGACCAAGGUGGAUGGAAUUUCGAGGUAUGCCACCCCAUUGUUGCGCCAUCCCAACAUGCCACAGCUUAGCGCUCCAACUGAUUCAGUCAUGCCGCUGUUGCGUAGCACCGAGAGACGUCUCUGUAAGAACCCUAUUCAAGCUAAAGCCUAUAAGGUGGAGAUGCAAAGGCUCAUCGACUCUGGCACUGUGCAAGAAGUGGCUCCUGAAACCAUUCCACCAAAAGAAUGUUGGUAUAUUCCUCAUCACCUUGUCAGCCAUAAUGGGAAAAAUCACCUUGUGUUUAACUGUUCACACCAAUACUUGGGACAGACCCUUAACCAGUACCUUCUUCCUGGACCUACUCUUGGCGCUUCCCUGCUCGGAAUCCUGCUAAGGUUCCGUGAAUAUCCUCUGGCGGUUAGUGGAGACAUCAAAGGAAUGUUCCACCGGGUUCGACUCCUACCUGAAGAUCGACCACUGUUGCGGUUCCUGUGGCGUGACCUAAAAGGGGAUGAAGCUCCCAAGGUAUAUGAGUGGCAAGUCCUUCCAUUUGGCACCACAUGUAGCCCAUGCUGUGCCACUUACACCCUGCAGAGUCACGUUGCAGCCAACAGCCAGCCAGGUGAUAAGCUGAGACUUUCAGUUGAAAAGUUUCUAUGUGGACAACUGCCUACCGAGUGUGCGCACUCCUGAUGAAGCAAAACUUUUGAUCAGCUCAGACAACUUCUGGCCCCCGCUGGUUUUGAUCUGCGACAAUGGGCCUGCAACAAUUCAGAUGUCCUGAGUCACCUACCUCAUGAAGCCAGGUCAGAGAGCCUCGGCCUGUGGCUUGCGCAGGACAAGUCAAACCCCCACGAGUCAACGCUUGGCCUCAGUUGGAACUGGAGUACGGACACCCUGAGUUAUAAACACCGGCCAGUGACCUAUGAGAUACCUACCUUAAGGAACAUCUAUCGAGUUUGUGCCUCUCAAUAUGACCUUUUAGGCCUCCUACUGCCCUUCUCUACUCGGGCCAAGCUGCAGCUGUGGGACAACCAGCGCAGCUGGGAAGAUCCCAAUUUACCCCCUGAGCUCCUACAGGCCUGGUCAAACUGGGAGCACGAACUGCAGUCCCUACCUCACCUAUCCUUCCCACAACCAUAUAUGCCCAAGGACGUCCAGCUAGAGGGUGCUACUCACGAGGUCCACAUUUUUGCAGAUGCCUCUGAGCAGGUCUACGGAGCAGUUGCCUACCUCAGGACACAAAGCACCUCUGUAGGGACCUGCUUAUCAUUCAUCAUGGCUCGAUCAAGAGUGGCCCCCAAGCAUAUCCAAUCCAUUCCACACCUAGAACUCUGUGCAGCACUGCCGGGUGCCAAAUUAGCCUACCUCAUUGAGAAAGAACUCACCCUGAAUCUGGACCGCAUUGUAUUGUGGUCAGACUCCACAACUGUUUUGACCUGCUUACAAUCUCAGUCCUGCCGAUACAAGGUCUUUGUAGGAGUGAGAGUAGCAGAGAUACAGGAGUUAACUGAGAAGUGCACUUGGCACUAUGUUGAGUCCGAGAAUAACCCAGCCGAUGACCUGACUAGGGGGAAGACCCUAGCAUCUCUGGCAGAGCCAAAUAGAUGGGUUUGUGGACCUACCUUCCUCCUCCAAAGCCCUGACCAUUGGCCUGAGCAACCCUCCCUGGCAUCAGCUGAAGAGGAAACCGAGCUCCGAAAGGUCACUCACUGUGGACUAACAGCUACUUCACCACCUGUUACAGGUGACAAGGUGCACAACACAUGGCAGGAGCUCAUAGAUGCCACUGUACAAGACAUGUACCAGUCAGAGACAUGUAGUCCUUCCCUGAUCGCAGAGCAUUACCACCAAGCGGAGAAUCAGAUCCUUAGACUAGCCCAGCAACAGUCCUUUCCUGAAGACUACAAGCUCCUAUCAGCAGGCAAGCCCGUCUCAGCGGGGAGUCGCUUGCUCACAGUCUCCCCAGACAUGGACAUGUCAUCAAACCUUAUCAGGGUCGGUGGUCGGUUCAGACGUUUGGCCAGUCAAGACCACCCAUCAUUGCACCUUGUAGUCCUGGAUGCCUCUCACCCAACAAAACACCUGCUUAUCCAGAAGUGCGAUAAUGACCUACACCACCCUGGCUCAGAACGGGUCCUUGCAGAGCUGCGAAGAUCAUACUGGAUCCUUCGAGGGCGGGAACUGAUUUGAAGAUACCAGCGUACGUGUCCUGACUGUCAACGCUGGCGAGCGCAGCCUUCUGUUCCUAGGAUGGCAGAUCUCCCUGUUGCCCGCCUCAGACUGCACAAACCAGUAUUCUACUCCACAGGCGUGGAUUGUUUCGGGCCUAUGGUGGUGAAAGUUGGAAGACGACAUGAGAAACGCUGGGGGCUCAUAUUUAAAUGUAUGACCACCAGAGCUGUGCACCUGGAUCUCCUCAAUAGCCUGGAUGCUGAUGCUUACCUGAUGGCCUUGCGGAGAUUCAUUGCAAGAAGAGGGACCCCUGCAGAGGUGUGGUCAGACAGAGGGACCAACUUUAAAGCUGGAGAAAGAGAACUCCAGGAGGCCUAUUGCAGCAUGGUCCAAAGCUUGCAAAACCAACUAGCACAGCAACAGAUCAAGUUCUCUUUCAAUCCUCCAGCGGCCCCACACUUCGGAGGAGUGUGGGAAAGGGAAAUUCGGUCGGUCAAAGCUGCCCUCUAUGCCUGCCUAGGCUCCCAACCGGUCCAAGAAGAGGUCCUACUUACCGUUCUGUUGGAAGUCGAAGCCAUCCUCAACUCAAAGCCAUUAGGCUAUGUGU